CUCGUCAGACAGACAGAAAACUUCUCGUCGCGAGCACGACGGAGCACCAUCAGCGAAAGGCGAGCAACAGCAGCAGCAGAACAAAACGUGAAAAACGGAAAAAUCUUCGCAGUGCAGCAUCGCGGAAAGUGAUUCGAUUCGUGUUCGAUUUCCACGGCGUCCGAUAGAGUGUCCGAGUGCGUGGGAAGUGACGCUUUUCCGGGAAACAGUGCGGGCGGAUUGAAAUUUUGUGGGGUUUUCCUGCUGCGGAAAAGGAUUCUUUUUCGCUUGACGAGGAAGACGACGUCUGUCGAGAGGAGGAAGAGCUGGUCAUCAAUCGCGCAUACACACACACAUACACCGACGCAUUUCUCAGUCGAGCCGAGGAGAGCAGCAGCAAAUUGAACGAAAAAUGGCGUCGAUAGAUUCGCAGGCGAAAAACCGAAUGCAGGGUUUCAAAAACAAAGGAAAAGACCAGGAGGAAAUGCGAAGGCGCCGUAAUGAGGUCACCGUAGAGCUGCGCAAAAACAAACGCGAAGAAACCAUCCUUAAGCGUCGCAACGUUCCGCAGACGACGGCCGAAUCGACAGACGAAGACGACUACACUUCGCCGUCCAAUCUGAGCAAACUGGUCGAGAAAGCCGGAAACAGCGCCGACAAAGACGAACAGUUGGCUGCCGUUCAGGCGGCACGACGGUUGCUCUCAUCGGAUCGGAAUCCUCCGAUCGAUUCCUUGAUACAGAGCGGAAUCCUGCCGAUUCUGGUGGGUUGCCUCGAACGGGACGACAAUCAGCUGUUACAGUUCGAAGCUGCUUGGGCACUGACAAAUAUUGCUUCGGGAACGUCAGCACAGACCAACCAGGUUGUGCGCGCCGGAGCAGUUCCGCUCUUCCUGCGUUUGCUCGGAUCGCCUGCUGCCAAUGUCUGUGAACAGGCCGUCUGGGCUCUGGGCAACAUCAUCGGCGAUGGUCCCUGUCUUCGAGAUUACGUCAUCAAACUGGGAGUCGUCCAGCCACUUUUAUCGUUCAUCAAGCCAGAAAUUCCGAUUCCGUUCCUGCGCAAUGUCACCUGGGUGAUCGUGAACCUGUGUCGCAACAAGGACCCACCGCCACCGGUGGACACAAUCCUGGAGAUUCUUCCAGCGCUGAAUAUGCUGAUCCACCAUACCGACAUCAACAUCCUCGUGGACACCGUGUGGGCUCUGAGUUAUCUCACCGACGGAGGCAACGAACAGAUCCAGCUGGUCAUCGAUAGCGGCGUCGUUCCGAAGCUAAUCCCCCUGCUGUCACACGUCGAGGUCAAAGUGCAGACAGCAGCACUUCGAGCUGUUGGAAAUAUUGUUACCGGUUCAGAUGAUCAGACACAGGUUGUGCUCAAUUGCGAUGCUCUGUCUCACUUCCCGGCGUUGCUGAGUCAUCCAAAGGACAAAAUCCGCAAGGAAGCAGUUUGGUUCCUGUCGAAUAUAACCGCCGGAAACCAGGCGCAAGUGCAGGCCGUCAUCGAUGCCGGACUUCUGCCCAAGAUCAUCGAGAACCUGAGCAAGGGUGAAUUCCAAACGCAGAAGGAAGCGGCCUGGGCGAUCAGCAACCUGACCAUCAGCGGCAAUCGCGAUCAGGUGGCGCAACUCAUCCGGGACGGUGCGAUUCCACCGUUCUGCGACCUGCUGACGUGCAAGGACACGCAAGUUAUCAAUGUCAUUCUGGACGGUAUCAACAACAUGCUGAAGCUGGCCGGCCCACACACCGAAGAGAUCGCCAACAUGAUCGAAGAGUGCGACGGUGUGUCCAAGAUUGAGGUCUUGCAGAACCACGAAAACAUUGAAAUCUAUAAGCUGGCGUACGAUAUUAUCGAGCAGUUCUUCUCGGACGACACCGAUGAAGCUGUGCUGGACGAGCUGAGACCUACGGCGGAUGAGAACGCGUUCCAGUUCAACCAAAACGCAAAUGUGCCCAGAGAUGGAUUCAACUUCUAAGGCAAGUUAUGUAUAGUAAGCACACGUACACACAGAAACUGUAAGCAAGAAGGAAAUCAACCUAUAUCUUCCUGAAAACGUCAAAAAGAAGCAAAAUUCACACAAUCCCCCAUUUACACACGUUGGUAAAACCACAAAGACGCGCGUGCGUGCAGGAUCUUUCAAAAGUCUCACACAUCGUUUUUUAGAAGGUAAAAGGAAAACAUCGGAUCAGUUGGUUCCCCCGCAGUCAGUAAAACCGAAGCUAUGUAGUAGCUAUUACUAGUGUUUUCACACAUACACACACACCCUCAAACACUCCCGCACGUGGAAACAGCUAAAGAAAGCAACGCCUAGUUGAACAAGCGGAAAAAAGGCAGGCAUAUAAAAGCUUGGAAACUAUUACUAGUUUUCACUUAGGAUUUUCUUCAAAUCUUACUAAUGGAUAUCUAUUUAUUAUAUUAAAGGAGAAGAAGAGUUCAAGCAAACCAACAAAUCAGAAAACACAAACGAAUCAUGCUGAAAGGACAGUUUAGGAAGGACUAACUGACGAAAACGAAACAGCAAUGCCAUCAUCAGUCAUACACACAUACUCACUCACGAACGUACAUACACACGAACACACACACAAGACGCUUAAGCAGGAAAAUAACUCAUACAAACACACGACAUUAUUGUUUUUUAUAACAAUUUUUCAUUAGGUUCUUUUUGAUAGUAAUCAAAAGAAGAAAUGUAAACAACGUUAACUAGCUCCAUUACCUCCUUAUCUUCUUCGACGAUCGAGGCUCUCUCUUUUUUUAGGGAAGCGUUUUUUUUUUGUUCUGUGUCACCAUUUUUAAACAAUUGUUAGUGUUUAUUAGUUCUUUUUUAUAAAAUAGAAGGCACCUUUCCUACAUAUUUAAAAAAGGGUAUCAAUCAUCAGUAAGUAGUUUACGCCUUGCUCUCGAAGAAGCGAAGGAGGCAACAUGGAGAUAAAUUUGCUUGGAUACGAGGAGAAUCUCCACUGUGUUUCUCCCAAAAAAAAAAGCGUAGUUAAAAGUGGUGCUGUGUGAUGACAAAAGUCAUAAAAUCGCAGUCACUCACACCAACAAAGAUAGCAGAAUGAAACUGAAACAUACAAAAGAAUCAACGGAAGCAUUAGGGAAAUGUUGCUUUUAAAUCCAUUUAGCAAAUCGAAAAUGGACGGAGAACUAUUUUUUCCAUGUAAAAAGGCAUAUUUUUAUAUUGUAAACACAUUAUAUUGAUCGAAAUAAACCAAUGGACUGUAAUUUAGUUAUUUUGUUGGGUGUUGCUGGCUCCUAGGCAUUUGUUUCGCAAUGAAAACCAGGAGCAGCGAAACGUAAGGAAAUUUUGAUCUUAAGUUAGUCCCUCCCGAAAAGGAAAACCAACAAAUUCGAAGGGACAAAGCGUCUGAAGAAGAGUCAGCAGAGAAACUUCUCAUAUUUUUCCGAGCCAUGAUAGGCUUUUCCUUUUGAUUUAAUUUAAGCUUUAAUUGUAUAACAAAUAAACGAAUAUAAUGUGAAGUAUAGGAACGCAAGACUCCUAAUUAGUGAAAAUGAGGGUCGCACGGUUGAUUUUUUUGCCCACCGUGCACCCUCGAGAAUCAAAGCCACAAAUAUUAACAAAACACAAACGAUAAAGAUAAACUAUCAAUUGUGCGGGUGCUUAAAACUGUAAGUGCUGCCCAAUGAAAUUGGGCCAGUUGCACCCGUGGAAAUUUUUGUAACUAUUUUCACACUCUCAGAACCAGUUGUAGGUUGCCAGUCCCUUGCGCGGGUAGCAGUGGAUGAUGAUCACACGUGCGUGACACAACACGACACUUUAGGAUGUUUUAACAAAUUUUCGUUCUCUCGCACGCUGGCAGUAGGCCACGUUGCGCGCGAUAUGCGGGCAAAAGUCGAAGCAAGCCAAGAAUACAGAGAUUGCCUUUUGGAAGAUGGAGAACUAGAUGAACGCAACGCACUUACCUUCCGGUGCGCAAAUGCACCGGAAAAGAAAAUUACAAAAGAAGGAAAAGAAAAUUGCGGCCAAUAAAAAAAAACGAAAUUGAGCUGAAGCAAGUUUAAUUUUCAAACAACAUACACACAGACUUGAUAGGGGAAAGAACGCAAAUUAACUUUUUUUUUGAAACGGGAAAAACCACAGGUUAUUACUACAUUACCAUUUUUCCUCUAAUGUUUUAAGCCUGGAAAACAAACGAAGAACGAACAUGAACAGAAAACAAAAGCAGAAUACAAACACACAGACACUCACCAACAUUACAGAGGAAACAGAUUUAUUUUUUUGUCCUUUCUGGAAAUUGACGAAUAAAAGAGAAAUCAACUGCAGAAAAUAAUGAA